AUGAUACACUUUGUGCUGCUCAUUAGUCGUCAAGGGAAGGUCAGGCUCACAAAAUGGUAUUCACCUUACACUCAGAAGGAAAGAAGUAAGGUAAUCCGUGAGCUCAGUGGAGUGAUUCUUAGCCGUGCUCCCAAGCUAUGUAACUUUGUAGAGUGGAGAGGUCAUAAAGUUGUUUAUAAAAGGUAUGCUAGUCUUUAUUUCUGUAUGUGUAUUGAUGAUGCUGACAACGAAUUGGAAGUCCUUGAAAUGAUUCAUCAUUUUGUGGAGAUUCUUGAUCGGUAUUUUGGCAGUGUCUGUGAAUUGGACUUGAUAUUCAAUUUCCAUAAGGCCUAUUAUAUACUUGACGAACUUCUAAUUGCCGGUGAACUUCAGGAGUCAAGCAAAAAAACUGUUGCCCGGUUGAUAGCUGCACAGGAUUCAUUGGUGGAGACUGCUAAGGAGGAAGCAAGUUCCUUGAGUAAUAUUAUCGCACAAGCCACCAAGUAA